CUGAACCAUGUCGUCAAUAGGCCCAUCACUUCUCCCUCAUCUCGUAGCUGGCUCGUCUAAGACGUCUUCGCCACCACCCGGUCCCACUCCUUCCACUGGGCCCACCAUUCUCACAUCUGCAGGCCCACAAAUAUCAAACGGCUCCAGUCCUGCUCCUGCACAUGAACCGCAAAGCUAUCCAACAGGCCCACAACUACCUCCAAGCUCUAAUCCAGGACCUCCUAGGUACGAAGAGGAGGAGGAAGAAGAAGAGGAUGACUACGCCCCUGCUCUUCCGCCAGAUCUUGCUGCCUCCCGGUCUGGCACCAACUCCUCUGCGGGACCACCGAAGAGGGUGCUAGGACCUUCUAUGGGACCUGCAAGAAGAGAGGAAGAGGAAGAGAGUGAGGACGAGGUUGGACCGGUUCCGUUGCCACAGGGGGUUGUGCUUGAAGAGGAGGACGGUGUCAGGGAGUUUUUGGAGAAGGAGGAGCAGAGGCGGAAAGCCAUCGAGGAGGCUGCGAAGCCCAAAGCUUUGAAGCGAGAGGAGUGGAUGUUGGUUCCUCCCUCAGCAUCUGACCUCCUAAGCAAUAUCGACCCAACAAAGCUCACCAAAUCCCGUCAAUUCUCUCGCUCCACGGCCCCUUCCCGCGGCCAGACAGAUAACUCCCUCUGGACUGAGACUCCGGCCGAACGACAACAACGACUAGCGGACGAAGUGUCAGGAAAAAAGAGACGAGCUGAGAAUGGUCCGAGCAGGGAGGAACUUGAGGCAGAGGAGGAGGCUCGGAAGCGGAGAAAGAAGGAUAUGGAACUGAAGAGGGACGUCGAAGAGCACACGCGCAAAACCCGCGGUCCCUCCCUGAUCGACGCCCACGAUUCAGGUUCGAAAUCCACACAACCUGCAGAAAAGGACGAGGUACCUGGUGUAUGGGAUCAUUCAAGAGACAUGGGGCUAGGUGGCAGACUCAUGGACGAGAAGGACCGGAGGAAGAUGAUCAACGACGCAAAGGGGCUGUCAGAACGCUUCGGCAGUGGAAGUCGCGGAGGGUUCUUGUAGGACGCUAUUGACCAAGAACAUGUUGUAUCUUUAUUUCGGAUGCAAGUGAUGAGUAUGUAUGCAAAA